UUUGGAUAUUAGAUGGCGCUACCUGAUUAUUUUUUUUUUGGGUUUGUUAUUAUCAUUCGGCGAUUUUAUUGCAUUGUGGUGACAAAUAUUUUAUUUAAAAAAUGAAUCAAAUAAAAUUCAAAAUGGCUUUAAAGCCAAAAUUAUCGUUGGAAAAAACAUCGAUCAAUGAUGAUAAUAAAGAUGAUGAUGAUGACGAAAUGAUAAAAGUAAUGGGAUUUGGUACUUUUGGUUCGAAACGAUCAACAAUCAAUAAACCUGAUCAGGUUCAAAAAUCAACAAUCAAAUCGACUGUUGUUGAUAGUAGAGAUGAUAAUAAUGAUGAUGGAAAUAAAUCAAAACCGUAA